CAGAUACAACUGACGGCAUUUCCGGUGUAUCUUUACGUGCGUCCGCCAUAUUGCACUUCCGUUUUUCAAGGGUAUUUCAAGUCAACAGGCUCGUCAACAUGUUCCGCUUCGCUAAAAACGCAGUGAAUCUUACCGGCCAGGCCGUCCGGCAAGUGAGACAAGUGAGGCACGGCUCCAGCGCCCCAGACUUCCAUGAUAAGUAUGGCAAUGGCUUGAUGGUUGGUGGAGCCGUCUUCUGCGUGGCGGUGUGGACAUUUGUUGUGACUCAGACCGGCAUCACUUGGAACACGUCGCCAAUCGGGAAGGUCAUGCCCAAGGAGUGGAGGGAGUCUGAGGAGUAAAGACCUGCUGUGACUCAACUACAUCCCACCUAACAAACUCUCUGGUUGUACAGAUGAAUAAUAAAUAUGAGUGUUCAGACAGCAACUGUGGCUGGUGAAACAUGUUUAUCUACAAAUAAAUUAAGUCCGAUUCUA